CUGGCGGCGGAAUAGCUCUGCGGUCGCCAGGCAACCGCCCUGACGCAACGCAAAAGAACGUCCCUUCAAAAAAGAACGGUGCGGAGAAUUCGCAGCGCUCCGGAGCUCGGGAGCUCGGGAGCUCGGGAGGCGGGAGCCGAGCUCCGAGGGCGGGCACAGGCUGGCAGCGGGGACCGCGACAGCUCCGACGACACGACUGGAGCUCUAGAAGGUAUACAGCUAGAAGCAUUGGAUCCCAAAGGGAGGGGCAGCCACUCGCACAGGACUCUGCAAACCAAGCCUUUCUGGGUGAAGGUCCCUGGGAGAAUGCAGACCUACUUCCUGCAGUCCCUUCUGCUUUGACUUGCACACUUCCAGCAAGCAUAGAGAGAUCUUGGAGGAGGCUGUCCCAGAGAUUUCCUGCUGACGCUUGUCUGAUCCUGCCUUCUGUGAAGCAUGGCCGCCACAGGAUUAUGGGACAAAUCAUAGACCCUGAGCGGCACAGCUGCUCUGAGAGGCACACUCUCCAGCCUUGCUUGGCUCCAGGUGCUGCCAAGCCUUGAGACUCACUCCCAUCCAAACAAUGCCUGCAGGAGCCAUGGCCACAGCCGUAUGAGACCAUUACAGAGCAUUGACCUUGCUACCCAGCAAGCCUCCCGCGUGGCCCCCACCACCUCCCAUGUCUGGCUACCAAGGCAGACUAGAGAAUGUCUGUGCCUCGGAUCCAAGUGGAAGAAGUGGGUGAGAAAGACAGAUCAUUGGGGGCAGCCGUACCUCCCGAUGAUCACCUCCUCAGCCUGAAGGCCCUCACUGAGAAGCUGAGGCUGGAGACCCGAAGACCUUCCUACCUGGAAUGGCAGGCCAGGCUGGAGGAGCAGACGUGGCCUUUCCCGAGGCCAGCUGCCCAGCAAGAGGCAAGUCUGGAGCAGGGAGCAUGUGGGGGCGGAGAGCCUUCGAUGCCUCUAGGGGAGCCCAGAGAGCCUCUCCCACCUGCCAGGAGUGCUAGCAGGGGUGACAGGCCACUGACCACGGGCAAGCUGGAAGGCUUCCAGAGUAUCGAUGAAGCUAUAGCCUGGCUCCGAAAGGAACUGGCAGAGAUGCGGCUCCAGGACCAGCAGCUGGCCAGGCAGCUCAUGCGCCUCCGAGGAGACAUCAACAAACUGAAGAUCGAGCAGACCUGCCGCCUGCACCGGAGGAUGCUCAACGACGCUGCCUUUGAGCUGGAAGAGCGGGAUGAGCUGUCCGACCUCUUUUGCGACUCCCCCCUGGCAUCCUCUUUCAGUCUUUCCACACCACUCAAGCUCAUUGGCGUCACCAAAAUGAACAUCAACUCCAGAAGGUUCUCUCUCUGCUGAGAGCCUUGGGAUGGAAGGGGGACCAGGGUCAAGGGUGAGAGAGAGGGCUCGGACCAAGUCGCCCAGAGUGAGUCUCUCUGAGGCCAUGCUUGGGAUUGAAAGGCACCAGGACCUGGUGCUAGGAUACCAGGGGCUUCAGCUCUGCAUACUUGGGUCUUCAUGUUCAAGGCCCAAAGAGUCUGCAGACACUAUGUAAGACAGGGCUCUCAGCAGGAUCCCUGUGGCCUUCCCCUCUGUGGUCAACUUUCCUGUGUCCUAGAAUCACUGGUGCUAUGAUGAUGAAUCCCAAAGGGGACACCCCUCCCACACCCCCACCAAAGCUUGUUCUGAUAGAAAGCUCUAGUUUAGGGAAGCUGAGAAGAUCAGAUUGUGUAAAGUAUGCCCGUCUCUCAUGGACUGUUACCACCCUCUUAGUGCUAGCUCUAAUUGCCCCUCUGUAGGAGACUCAGCAACCUGUGCAGGGAUGUGGUAGGACAGGAAAACUUAAGGAAUAACAGGGUGACACAUGGGAAUACAGGCAUCUCUUUGGUGGCCGCCAGCAUCCCUGGGAAGGAGCUCUGCCCAGCUGCUUUGAACUUGAGCCUUGAUGCCACAGGCCAUGCUAUUUCCAGCUUGCUCCAUGACAUAUGACACACGUACCUUGUAUAGCUUUGGUAGAGAAACCCAGGCGCCUUGCUGUCUUCUAUCACAACCACUUCAGUUACCUCACUGCCACCCACAACCCCAGGAGAACACCUAACAGGCCACUGGUCACUGGUGGCUAAACCAGGCAAGAUAGGAGAUAGAUUUCCCACAAGUGAAUUCUACAGGAGGGGGCAUGACAGAGGCCUCCUGGUGGGACGUGAUAUUGUCACCUGCAUCACCUUAACCUCAGCACCAAAGAUCCCAGAGAUCCCCAAAGUCCAUCCUGAGCCUCUCCCAAGACUGUGCCUGAUCUUGGCAAUGGGUUUCAAUUGGACAUGACUGUUAACUAAUGCAUUGCUAACUCAUUAAUACCUGUCUGAGUCUUGUCCAAAUGGAAAACUAGUUGAGUAAGCCAAACAGAGUUUGGACUUUAGUUUUGAGAAUUUUCCCUUAGCAGCAAGCUUAAGAUCAGUAAAAGGUUAAGCUCUUCAAUUCAGGGAAGACCUGGUACAGCACACCUUGCCACAAUCCUGUUAACACAAGUUUCUCAGACUCUGGGUGUGUCUGGUGAGGCCUGCUCAUGAGCAGAAGGGCAAAGUGAAGCCAGAAAGAGAAUGCCUUCCCUCCAGUUACCUGGCCGCUCUGUGACUAUAGACUAUUAAUGUGUGAAAUUACUGUGAGUCAGGCCUAGAUCUUCUGCCAGUGAACUUGAACUCCAAAAGAUGGUACUGAUGCUCCGCCAAACCCACAAGUUGCCAGCUUCUCUCUCCCUCCCUCUCAGCCCCUACUCAUUCUUCUCUGGCCUAACAAUCACUAGUAUUAGGGUUGGGGUUAACAUAACACCCAGAUGGCGGAUCUUUAGCAUUUAAACCACUUGUAUUAGUUCUGUAGUCUACACUGACUGUUCUCUGUAUAUAGCAUUUCUUCCUCCUGGUAAUCCCCAUGAGCUGUGUCCACACACGCCACAACACACCCAGACUGGAAUGGAAAGAUAAUACUGAAUGGUCUCUUCCUUGUGAUUUCAAAGAGCCAGAGGGUUUGUGUUUCUUUUUUUAAAGGUAAAACAAGGUAGUCAAGAUGUUUUAAGAGCCCUGAAGUCCAGGGGCCUUGACCCUAGUCCCUUCCUUUGAGACUACACAAAAUACUGCCAAGUCCCAAGAGGCCUUUAUUUCCUAUCGCCUCCUGCCUCUGAUCACCCCCCCCCAACCCCCGACCCCUGGGUUACAGUCACCACAUCACAUAGAACGUAUGAGAGAAGGACCAUCCCAUAUUCUAAACACAAUGCCAAACUGAUUGUAAUAAAUCAUUAGCCAGGUAUGGUAGUGCAUGUCUUUUAAUCCCAGCACUCAGGAGGUGGAGGGAGGAAGAUCAGAAGUUUGAGACUAGCCUAUGAUACAUAGUAAGUUCUCCAAGGCAUCCUGGGCUAUAUGAGACUUUUAUGGUUAUAAAAGUCACCAGUCAUUAUAGUAACUGACUCCCUUAGCUUAAAGCAAAGCAGAGUGAUCGACUUGUUGUAUGUGGUCAGCAGCUACAUACGUGACUGAGCAGUCUGUGCUCAGCUGGGCAAGCACCCAGCACAUCUUGCUGCUUUUGUUCUCUGAGGAAACUGUGUCCUAGGCAUGGGUUUCAAUAGAUUAGAUGUCUCAGCUUAAGCUGUUCACCCCAAGAGAAUCUUAUUCUGGGAUAAGGAGUGGGGUUGGAGGGGGGAUUGAAGGAGGGGAAAGCCGUUUUGUCUUCUUACCUGCAGUCUAGUGUCUGUGUUAGCUCGUUGCCUUCCGUGGUGAGCUCAAACCAUCAACUGUUUACUCUGGUUGUAGAAUCCCCGCAGAGAUGUCUGUAGGUCAGUGGCAACAUUAGCUGCCUUCCUCAGCCAGCUUCCUGCCUUACUGUAUGUUCACUGUCCUGUUUGGUCUUUCCUCAUUCACCAUCUCUACCCCGUCUCCCAGGUGAGACAGGAGCUGUCCACUGUGCUGCCAUAAGGUCAUGCCCAAUGCCUCCGUGGUCUCAGUAGCAAUCACAGAGGCUUAGAGGGCCUGGCCAGGCCUGGCCGUAGCCUGGCCUCAUCUAACAUCUACCCCUGUAGCAAUACCAAGUGCUAUUACAUAAUCAAUGGACAAUUUACAGUUUUAUUUUUAUGAUUAUUUGUUUCUAUAUUACUGUUAGAAAAAGUGAAAUAAAAAUAUUUC